AAAAGAAAACGGAAAGGCGGCAUGAGAAUUGCGGAGAUUUCCACGCCGGAACUCCGGCAACCAAACCAAGAGACAGAAUCGAAUAACCACCAAAACAACAGUCUUCAUCAACACAUCAUUUCCCAGCUUGAAUCCUUUGUCAAACAAACUGAAAGCGUCUCGGUGGAUCAAGGCAUACCCGAGAAUCUCCUCUCCCAUUUCCGCCAAACCCUCAUUCAGCUGAGUCAACUCGCUCCGUUCCCUAACUCCCUCAAGCUCCAACUAUGGAAGCACAGCUUCCGCCUUUGGAACGCAUGUGUCGACCUCUCCAACACUGCCUCCAUACGCUCCUCCUCCUCUUCCAGAGAAUCGUAUGCCGAGAGCAUUGCCACUCUGCGAAAUGUUGCCGCCGAAGUGCUCUCCCUUGCCCGAGACGUCAUUGGCGUUCCAUCUGCGGAUAUCAAAGCGGCUCUCUUCUACCACAGGACUGGCCUCGCGUGGAACGAUCUCAAGAAGUAUGAUCUUGCCUCCACUUGCUUUGAGAAGGCUACGGAUCUUGUGUCGAAGCUCGAUAUCGGCCAAAUAUCAGAUAUGGGAGAGAAAAAGCUCCUAUUCGAUUUGAACCUCGCUAGAGCUCGGACUGCGUGGGAACUAUCGGACAGAAAUCUUGCGAUAACUUUGCUGAACAGGUCCAAAGGCCUUCUAUUCGGGCUUCCCAAUCACUUCAAAUCGCUAGGGAAUCAAUUUCUAGCUUUCGGCAAGAGCGUCUUGUCAGUGAAUGAGAAUAAUGGCGUGAACGAGGCAAUGAGGCUCAUGAAUGAGGCACUUGACCUGUGCGAGAAGGGACUGGGUGUGGCAAGAGCACGGGACGAUAUGGCGGAGCUGAAGGGGUUGAGAUCAAAGGCGCUGCGUUUCAUAUCGGCCGUCCAUUUGCAAAAGGAAGAAUAUGAAAGCGUGAUCAAAUGCGUGAAGGUCUUAAGAGAUGGCGGCGGUGGUUGUGGGGAUGGUGGGGAUCAGCACGCGUCGUUGCCUGUGUUAGCGAUGAAGGCGUGGUUGGGGCUGGGAAGGUUCAGCGAGGCGGAGAAGGAGCUGAGAAGCAUGGUGGUAAACAAGGACAUCCCUGAGGGAGUUUGGGUAUCCGCGGUUGAGGCGUACUUCCAGGCGGUGGGAACGGCGGGAGCAGAGACAGCCAAGGGCGUGUUCUUGGGGCUAUUAGGCCGGUGCCACGUUAGUGCCAAGGCAGCAGUCAGAGUAGCUCACAGAGUACUCGGGGAUAGCAACGGGGAGGGAUCCAGAAUUAGGGCCAAGGUGGUGGCUGAGCUGGCGUCUGAUAAAAGGGUUGUGGCACUCUUUGCAGGCGAGACCGUGGCUAAGGAGAGGAAGGCCAUGCAUGCUGUUCUAUGGAAUUGUGCUUCAGAUCAUUUUCGCUCUAAAGAUUAUGAGACAAGUGCAGAAAUGUUUGAGAAGUCCAUGCUUUAUACUCCAUGUGACAUAGAGAACAGGAUGCUUAGAGCCAAGGGCUUUAGAGUUUUGUGUCUCUGCUACCUAGCACUUUCUCAGCUUGAUCGAGCUCAAGAGUACAUCAAUGAGGCUGAAAAGAUAGAGCCUAAUAUUGCGUGUGCUUUCCUUAAGUUCAAGAUCUAUUUGCAAAAGAGGGAUCAUCAUGGUGCCAUUAGUCAGAUUGAAGCAAUGACUACCUGCCUUGAUUUCAGUCCAGACUUCCUGUCCCUCUCAGCACACGAAGCUAUUGCUUCCCAUGCUCUUUCGGUUGCUGUUGCAUCUCUUUCCAACCUUCUUAACUUCCAUAUAUCGGGAAAACCCAUGCCAGUUACAGAAGUUGUAGUACUGCGCACCCUUGUAACAAUCCUCACUCAAGAGCCUAACAAUGAGCCUGAGAUCCAAAAGUUCAUGAAACAAGCACAGACCCGUGCAUCUAAGCUUGGACCUGACUGCUUCUUUGGAGGUGGGGAGGUUGGAAGACGAGAAAAAAAUUGGUUUGCAGUGACUUCGUGGAAUUAUGGGACAAAAUGUGGAAAAGAGAAGAAGUAUGAGCUAUGUGCUGAAUUCUUUAAACUGGCAUCAGAAUUUUAUGGAUUCAUGGCUGAUGGACAAGAUGCAGAAAACAGGGUCAUGGCUUGCAAAUCAUUGAUACUGAGUGUAUCUGCUAAGGUAGCUUUAGGGAAUGAAAAGAAGACUGCAUUGGCGGAUGUUGAAGUGAAACAAGCUAUUGAGUCGCUUGACAGAGCAGGGAAGAUACUGACUGCAAUCUCAGCGGGGACUCGACUUUUUGACAACAAAAUUGCCACCAUUGAACCCAAUCUCCUUUUCAUGUACACCUUCAAUGCAUAUGAUCUACAUGGAAGACUCGCCAAUUCAGGUUCCCAGCAAGACCUUGUAAAAAGCUUUGCCAGCUCAAAGGCUUGUAAUCCGGAUUAUCUUCUUCAAAUUGGCCUUGCUGCCUGCCAGGGUCCUCGAUCCAAUUUUGAAGUGGCUGCCUUUGCUCUUAAUGAAUGUCUCUCAUUCUUUCUUUCUUCAUCCUCACCAGACUAUCUGAACAUAGCACUUAUUAUCCGGAAACUUAUUGUAGUAGCUGGCAUUCACAAGGGUGAUACAGAUGAUGAUGCUGUUCAUAGUAUGUAUAAGAAAGCCUAUAGAAUAAUGGUUGGACUGAAGGAAGGUGAAUAUCCUAUCGAAGAGGGUAAAUGGCUUGCCAUGACAGCAUGGAACCGGGCAGCAGUGCCUGUGCGGCUUGGCCUGAUUGAUUCUGCAAAAAAAUGGAUGAGUGUUGGCCUGGAACUUGCUAGCAAGGUUUCUGGGAUGGACACAUAUAAGGCCUGUAUGGAAGAUCAUAUCGCUUGCUUUGAUAAGAAAUUUAUUACAGACCAUGGGGCUGAAAGGAGAAUCUAAGAUGAUUUUCAUGACCUCAAUUCGAACAAGAACAGAUGUUUCAUCUUGGGAUGGAACCCUUUCGGCCAGUGAAUUUUAUCUUGCUGCUUGUGCGUUUGCUGA